UAUAUCUUGUUUUCUUUUCUUCUUUAUUUCUGUGGUUAAGUGGGAACUAAUCAACAACUUUAUUCUGUAGUUUAAAGCCCCAAAAAAUCAAGAAUUCGGAAAAUUUGUUCAUAGUGGUUGAAUUUUAUAGUGGUUAUCUGAAGGUCAAGCAGAGGGGAUAACUCAAAAUACUAAAGGUAGAAACCAUCAGCUUGAAAGAACUACACAUGGACAAGAGUGCUAGUCUUGAAGCUGGAGAGGGCAGAAAUAGCGUUGAACUCGUGAAAUCAGCCUCUGACAAACAUCUUGACCUUUUGAGGCCAACAGCCCGAUAUUAUUCAGUAUUUAAAGGGCAAGGAGGUGAUGCAGAAGAUCGUGAGAAGGGAAAGUAUACGUUGAUUAGAGAUGUAGAGGACCUUCAAACAGGGUUCUAUGAUAAACCUCUUCCUUGCUUUGGUUGUGGAGUCGGAUGGUUUUCAUUUCUACUGGGAUUUCUAUGCCCGUUGAUGUGGUAUUAUGCCACAAUACUUUAUUUCGGAAACUACUACCGUAAGGAUCCUAGAGAACGUGCCGGGCUUGCUGCAUCUGCUAUUGCUGCAAUGGCGUGUUCUGUUGUGUUGCUAAUUAUAGCAGCAGCUCUCUUCUUGUAGCUUCUGCUAUGCCAGUUUCAUACUAGCCAUAGCCAAGAUGUCAGAAUUGUGCUGUUGCUUGUUUUGUAGUCAAGUCAAAAGCCAUUACUCGGAUCCAAAUUCUCAAAUUGUAAAUGCUCUUA